AUUAGGUCAGAAGAAGAACGAAGUAUCCUCCUGUCAGGCCGACAGAGGGCCUCUUGCAGCUUCCUGGACACAGAGGAACAUGAGGGGAGGAAGCAGGCUUUCCAAAAUUUAUGCCCCCUCAGGACCUACCUAAGGCCAAGGUGCCUCUAGUUAGCAAUAGAGUGAAAAAUAAUUGUUCUCACCAAAGAAGUCUCUGUAGAAAAGUUGCCGUGAAACUGGAAUAGGUGUGUCUUUCUGACCUUCCGGUCCCUUUUAUAGACACUGCAGGAACCUGAGUGAGGGCCUCAGUCCUUCCGCCCAUUUGGGGAGAGAUUAAAGAAGCUGGGACUGUGUCCUUCUUACUCACUGGCAGUUACAACCUCGCAGCCACUAGAGCCUCAGCUUCCAGUGUGGACACAGAGAAGGGGAACAGAAGUCCAUUCUCGUGAGGUCCACCUACAAGCCACCAUGUAUGAAGACUGCAUCCAGUCCACUGAGGACUAUUAUCUCCUCUGUGAUACAGUCAGGACAUGGUGCAUUGUGCUAGAGUCCCUGGCAGCCAUUGGCAUAGUGGUUACAAUUAUACUGCUCUUAGCAUUUCUCUUCCUCAUGCGGAGGGUCCAAGACUGCGGCCAGUGGAAUGUUCUUCCCACCCAGCUUCUCUUCCUCCUGGGUGUGCUGGGGCUCUUUGGCCUAGCUUUUGCCUUCAUCACCUGCUUCAAUGAGCAGACUGCCGCUGUACGUUACUUUCUCUUUGGGGUUCUCUUUGCUAUCUGUUUCUCAUGCCUCUUGGCUCACGCCUCCAACUUGGUGAAGCUGGUCCGGGGUAGAGUCUCCUUCUCUUGGGUGACAAUUCUGUGCAUUGCGCUUGGUGUCAGCCUGUUGCAGUUGCUCAUUGCCAUUGAGUAUGUGGGUCUCAUGAUGACCAGAGGCAUGAAGUUUGUGCACCUGACACCCUGUCAGCUCAAUGUGGACUUCGUGGUACUCCUGGUCUAUGUCCUCCUCCUGAUGGCCGUCACGUUCUUCAUCUCCAAAGCCAGUUUCUGUGGCCCGUGUGAGAACUGGAAGCAGCAUGGAAGGCUCAUCUUUGUCACUGUGCUCAUCUCCAUCGUCAUCUGGGUGAUAUGGAUCUCCAUGCUCCUGUGUGGCAACCCACGGCUCCAGCGGCAGCCCCAGUGGGACGACCCUGUCAUCUGCAUCGCCCUGGUCACCAAUGCAUGGGUUUUCCUGCUGCUGUACAUCAUACCUGAGCUCUGCAUCCUCUACAAGUCAUCUAGGCAGGUCUGCCCUUCACAAGGCGGUGCCUGCCCGGGCCCAGCCUCAGCCUACCCACAGAGCUUCAGAGUGGAGAACCUGGAACUCUCAAGAGCCCGAGACAGUGAUGGAGCUGAGGAGGAUGUGGCAUUAACUUCAUUUGGUACACCCACUCAGCUGCAGGCUGUUGAUCCCACACAGGAGUGCCUCAUCCCACGGGCUAAACUAAGCCCCCAGCAAGCUGCAGGAUUAUAAAGUCCACUGGAAGCAUAAGUAGUGAAAACCUGGAAGACCACCCUAAUGUAGCCCUGCUGGGCCACUGGGGACCCCACAGAGUCAUGCUGCCAACAGAGGAUCGGCUCAAGCUUCCUUUCUUCCCUGCUUCCUAGUCUUUUCACCCAUCUGGACCCUUGAUCAGAAGAUUGCCCUUUCAAGAAUAAUUACAGUCUUGCUGGCUACCCUA